AUGUGUGGCAUCUGGGCUUUGUUUGGCAGCGAUGAGUGUCUGUCGGUUCAGUGCACGUGUGCUAUGAAGAUUGCUCAUCGGGGCCCCGAUGCUUUCCGCUUUGAAAAUGUCAACGGUUUCACCAACUGCUGCUUCGGCUUCCACCGACUGGCCAUUGUGGACCAGCUGUAUGGUAUGCAGCCACUACGAGUCAAGAAGUUCCCUUACUUGUGGCUCUGCUACAACGGAGAGAUUUACAACCACCAAGCACUGAAGACAAAGUUUGACUUUGAUUAUCAGACUAAAGUAGACGGUGAGGUUCUGCUUCAUCUGUACGACCGCUUUGGAAUCCAGAAGAUGGCUUCUCUUCUGGAUGGAGUGUUUGCCUUCAUCCUGCUGGACACAGCCAACAGAAAGGUGUACCUGGGGAGAGACACGUACGGCGUCCGGCCGCUCUUUAAGUUCCUCGCCGAUGAUGGCUUCCUUGCAGUCUGCUCAGAGGCCAAAGGCCUUGUAGAAAUCACCCACUCCAUGGAAACCGCUGCCAGCAUCGUUCCCUUCCUUCCCGGCUACUUUGAGGUCUUUGACUUGAAGCUGAAUGGCAAAGUUCAGUCGGUUCAGUUUGAGCAGUUUCACUGCUGUACCAGAGAGCCUGCUCAUGCCUUGUACGACACGGUGGAGGGACUAUCUUCAGAUUUUGGUGAAGAAACGGUGAAACGUAACAUCAGAACUCUGUUUGAAAAUGCUGUGAGGAAACGCCUUAUGGCCCACAGACGCAUCGGUUGUCUGCUGUCAGGUGGUCUGGACUCUAGUUUGGUUGCAGCCAUGCUGCUGAAGCUGUCCAAAGAGGAGAAGCUGCCGUAUUCCAUUCAGACGUUUUCCAUCGGCGCCGAGGACAGUCCUGAUGUCAUGGCUGCUGAAAAGGUGGCUGCUCACAUUGGCAGUGAGCACCACAAGGUGGAGUUCACAGCAGAGGAAGGAGUCAAAGCUGUGGAGGAUGUCAUCUUCCACCUGGAGACCUAUGACAUCACCACUGUCCGAGCCUCUGUUGGGAUGUACUUGGUAUCGAAGUACAUCAGGGAGAAGACGGACAGCGUGGUGAUCUUUUCUGGAGAGGGCUCUGAUGAGCUGACUCAGGGUUACCUUUACUUCCACAAGGCUCCAAGUGCCAAAGCAGGAGCAGAUGACAGCAUCCGCCUCUUAAAGGAGCUCUACCUGUUCGAUGUUCUUCGUGCUGAUCGGACCACCGCCGCACACGGCUUGGAGCUCAGAGUGCCUUUCUUGGACCACAGAUUCACAGCCUACUACCUUUCCCUUCCUGAGGAGAUGAGAACUCCUAAGGACGGAGUGGAGAAACACCUCCUCAGGGACUCUUUCAAAGGCCUGAACUUGAUUCCUGAUGAGAUCCUGUGGAGACGGAAGGAAGCCUUCAGUGAUGGUAUGAUGUCUGAGAAGAAGUCCUGGUACAACUACCUGCAGGAACAUCUGGACUCUGUGGUCAAUGACAGCCAGAUGGAGAAGGCUGAGCAGACUUUCCCCCACAACCCCCCCAGGACCAAAGAGGCCUACUACUACAGACAGGUGUUUGAGAAGUUCUUCCCGGGCCGGGCCCAGUGGUUGUCCCAUUACUGGAUGCCUUGUUGGAUCAGCGCCACUGACCCGUCAGCACGGACCCUGUCCAUCUACAAGCCUGACAAACACCAGUGAUUGGCCGGAGCGUCUGUGUGUUUCUGCCUAUGAAGAUGUCAGGCUGUUAUGGCUGUCAGAGGUCAGCUGGAGACUGAGCUGACUUUGGGACUCCACAUUGUCUCUGCCUUUAGUCCACAGCUGUAUAAGUAGCCCAUGAUGCUGUGUAGAAGCUCUAAGACAGCUUCAGCCUUCAGAUUUUGUUUAUUUUUCUACAAUUUGUUGCUAGCGCUCUGAGGAACAGCGUGGUGGUCUCCGUUAAUCCAUCUGAACCUAGAAGCAUCCAACUCGCCCUCUGUUGGUGUGGAACUCCUGGCAGCUCUGCAGCAUUCGGUUUGUCUGAUGUUCACCACAGGAGGUCUGUUAAAUAAAAGCAAACUCCAUGAAACGCC